AUGAGUGAGGCAUUUUGGGAAUUGAUAAAUUCUUCACGAUGGCCAAAGGAACAACCUGUUAACAUCAGCACAAGGGAUUUCCUUCUUCAGCACCUGGUGCACCAUGAGUUGCUCACAUCAAAGAAAAAUGAAUUAAAUGACUUGAGAGGAUUAAAGUCAUUGGGUUUCCUUGAUCUGAUUUCUAAGAAUAAAGAAAUGUUCAAAGUCUUGUUCCGUGCAACUGAGGGUAAACUGUUGAAUUUAGAUGCCUUCAAAGAUAUGAUGCUCAACAUCCUACCAUCCAAUUUCACCGAGGAGCAGUCACACAAGUGGUUUUUCCGACUACCUUGA